AUGAAGGCUGCUAGCUGGCUGUGCAACCCUCCUCACACAGUGCCCGCACUCCGACCUACGUUUGACACAGGGAAGUACCAGUCUCUGCUGAUGCCGUUCAAGUCAGCACUGGAAGGAUUAGCUGUGAGACGCAUGCCGAGUCUCCUGGAGUAUGUAAGUUAUACCUGCAACUUCAUGGGUAUCCUGGCAGGUCCUCUCUGCUCUUACAAAGACUACAUUACUUUCAUUGAAGGCAGGCCAUCCCACAUGUCACCGUCAAGUGAGAAUGGAAAGGAAGAGGCACAGCAUGAAAGAGCAGAUCCAUCUCCAAACGCAGCAGUCACGGAGAAGCUCCUCGUCUGUGGACUCUCUUUGUUGUUUCAUUUGACCAUCUCCAAUAUGCUACCCGUGGAGUACAACAUUGAUGAGCAUUUCCAAGCCACUGCCUCAUGGCCAGCCAAAGCCAGCUAUCUGUAUGUCUCUCUUCUGGCUGCCAGACCUAAGUACUAUUUUGCAUGGACCUUAGCUGAUGCCAUUAACAAUGCUGCAGGCUUCGGUUUCAGAGGAUAUGACAGGAAUGGAGUGGCUCGUUGGGACUUAAUUUCCAAUUUGAGAAUCCAGCAAAUAGAGAUGUCAACAAGUUUUAAGAUGUUUCUUGAUAACUGGAAUAUCCAGACAGCUCUUUGGCUCAAAAGGGUGUGUUAUGAACGAGCGACCUUUAGUCCAACAACCCAGACGUUCUUUCUCUCUGCCAUUUGGCAUGGGGUCUACCCAGGAUACUAUCUGACGUUUCUAACAGGCGUGCUAAUGACAUUAGCAGCUCGUGCUGUGAGAAGUAACUUUAGACACUACUUCAUUGAACCCCCUCAACUUAAGUUAUUUUAUGACAUCAUAACAUGGGUAGCAACGCAAAUAACAAUAAGUUACACGGUUGUACCGUUUGUACUUCUUUCUAUAAAACCAUCAUUCAAAUUUUACAGCUCCUGGUAUUACUGCCUUCACAUCUGCAGUAUCUUAGUGUUGCUGUUGCUGCCGGUGAAAAAAUCUCCAAGGGGAAAGAGCACACAGGAAAAUGUUCGGCUCUCACGAGCCAAGAAGUUUGACGAAAGAGAAAAUUCUCUAGGACAAAACAGUUUUUCCAUGACAAAUAAUGUUUGCACUCAGAACCAAGACAUUGCCUCUAGACACUUGUCACUAACACAGUGACUGGGAGAGCGCAUGAUGGCUGUUUCCCGCCUGUGAACAGAAACCAGUCCUGAUGCCUUUCCAGAGACAAACUGGGUGGAAACGGGACAGUCUCAGAGAGGGGAUUUCCUGUACACCAGAUUGGAAACGGAGUGAAAUAACCCUUCCCAUGCCAAUGUUCCUGUGGGUCACGCCUUACACAAAAUCUUUCCAUGUUUCAAUAGGGCACUCAGACAUCAGCGUAUGCCCUCCAGGUCAUAUGUAUGCCCUGUUGUUGAAUGUACACUGUGUAUCCCAAGGCACUGAAGAGCUGGAAAAAUGAUCAUAUGUCAAUCUGGAUGAUUGAAAGGUUAACUGUUUCCAAAUGAAUGUCUUGCCUUAAACCUUCUGUUUCCUAAAAUGUUGUUCCUGGAUGGUAUUUUCAAGUGUAGUAUUGUGAGGAGACAAUUUCACUAUUUGAUGUGCUGCCCUGCAGAGUGGGAGUGAGGGAGGAGGAGGUUAAACCGGAUAGUUAAGAUUGUGGGUACUUGAAAAAUGCAAUAAACAUCUCAGUAUUUGAAGAGUUUUCUUGAGGUAGCUCAGAGGGCUGCAUCCAUGGUAGAGCUGUGUACAGUCAGGGCUGUUAAAUUACAGGUAGCUUAUUCUGCUGGGAGCUUAAUUACCUGGUGUCAGUUAGGGGGCUUUCAGGAUGACUUUCUUAAACAUAAUUAAAGGUUGGCAAUGUGAUAUUUUAGGCUUAUUUUCUUAAGAAAAAAAAUAGUGAGAGGGAAGAUGAGAUGAAGAAAGCACUGUGUGGUCCAGAGCCAGGACCAGAGGCUUCCCCUUUCGUGCCCAAGAUCAGUGUGACUGUGUGGGACACAGAAAGACUAAUAAGGUGGUAAUACUGUGGACUUUAUGAAGAAAUUUCUCAAGCAUAAAUUACAUAGAAUUAGAAGAGAUUAUGAGUAACAGUGGUAGAUUAUUUGAAGAUUUUGAAAGAGAUCUCCAGUGAUUAAGGUUAUUGUAUGGUUCAUUGGUUUCUUGUCCUUGUCAUUUUCAUUGCUAUUUGGGAAAGAUUUAGGGGGGAAAAACUUAGUUGCUGAGCCUAAAUGACAUUUUUAAAAAAUUAAUAAAUUAGUUUCUACAUUCUUUAA